AUGAAUUUUAUUAUAGAUAACGGGUCCUACGAAGUAAAGCUAGGACACACAGGCCAGGAAAAGCCCUAUCACGUACCGAACUGCUUAGUGCGGACGAACGAUAAAGAGGUGCAUCUGGGAGAUAUCCUUAAUUCCGUGGGUGCAAUUGAUCAGUCGGGUAUACAAUUCAAAAGACCAAUUGAACAUGGUCAGUUGUAUCAAUGGACCAUUGAGAGACAGAUAUGGGACUCAUCGUUUUUGAAACACUACAAAAAUGAGGAUGUAUUGAAUGGCGCCAAUCUCGUUUACUGCGAGACGCCCGUCACGUACUCCAGGUUUCAGAAUAAUACGGACCAGGUGCUCUUUGAGGAAUACGGAGUGGGAUCUCUUUACCGUGGAUCCGUGGCCUCUGUGAUUCCCUGGAUGACACACAACGAUGGAUACAACGACUUCCAGCUUGUGGUGGACUGUGGCUUCGACGCAACAUAUGUUGUCCCGAUGAUCAAUGGCCUGCCGUACUGGAAAGCUGUGAAGAAGAUGCCCAUCGCUGGACGAUUCAUCAAUGGAUAUUUGCGAGAGGUGAUUUCCUUCAGGCACUACAACGUGACAGAUGAGCCUGUGCUUGUUAACAACAUCAAAAAAGCAGCUUGCUAUGUGACGGAUGACUACUAUGCGGCGCUAGCAAGGAUCGAAAAAUUGAAGAAAUUAAAGCCGAAGCAAUUGAUUGACGAGCCAAACAACAUUUCUACAAAUUACGUCUUGCCGGAUUACAAGACGACAAUGGCUGGAUACGCAGUUUCAGAUAAGGAUAUGUCGUCCGCUGUGCGCGAGAACCAGCAGAUUCUCAAAUUAUACGACGAGCGUUUUGCUGUGCCGGAAGUGCUAUUUCAGCCAGAAAUCAGUGGUGUUCACAAGGCAGGACUAAUUUUAACAAUACAGGAGUCACUGAAGUCCGUUCCUGAGCUUCUGCGCCCAUUACUAUGUGCAAAUGUGGCCAUCACUGGCGGAACGUGUAACCUCGCAGGGUUCAAGGAAAGACUGAUUAACGAGCUCAACAAGGAGAUUCCCGUCGACGACGAGGUCAGAGUGUACAACUGGGAGGGCGACUAUGCCGAUUUUGGAUGGCACGCUGCGCAGAGAUUCUUUGAAAAAGGCGCUUUCGAUAAAGUGGCCGUUACCAAGCAGGAGUACCACGAAUUUGGUCCCGAAUACACGCAGGAGAAGUUUGGACAUAAGCUGAUGAGGUGA